AUGUUCAAAUCCCAGCUGGCGCCAAGCGACUACAAGAAGCUCCCUCAGCUGCGCUUUGGCGGAGAGGGCGGCGUGUGGCUAGUGGACAGCGAUCAGAUUGUGAACAGCUUGGCACCACUCUUAGGCAUCGAGAAGCAGCUCCGAGACCCCCAGGUGGAGCGCUGGAGAAACUGGGCUCGCGAAUCCUUGGUGCGGCACGUCACGCUGAACAUCAACAGGACCUUGCUGAGUGCAUGGGAAGGCUAUAGAUAUAUUGACGCGUUCGACACCAUUCCGUUGGCAAACAAGCUCUUCUUGAAAGUAGUUGGUGCUCCAGUGAUGUAUAUGGUAGCAGCCAAGAAGACUUAUCCCACCUUGGUGAAAGCAGGGGAGCUGAAGGAUGGCGAUGAUUGGCGAUCUGUGUUUCAUGAGCAGCUUGCCACAAGCCCAUGCCAGGCCCUAAAGACUCAACCUUUCCACGGUGGAAGACGUCCUGACUUGGCAGAUUUAGACGUCUAUGGCGUUUUGCAAUCUAUCCGUGGUCAUGAUGUAUAUCAAGACAUGGUCGAGAACACGCGGAUUGGCCCCUGGCUGGAAAAGAUGGAUGCUGCAGUUGCCAAAGAGUGA